AUGGGUCUCUUUUGUUUUUGCAGGAAAACUAAUAAAGCUCCAAAGAAGAAGACCAAAUACGAAACCAAAGUCGAACGAGCAUUUGGCCUCCAUGGGGGAACUGUGGUGAAUGUCGAAAAUAAGGAGCAAGCUUGUCUUGCGGAAGAGGGCGGGGCAUGCGCUGUGACAGUAACGUUGGUGACCAGGAUUAAUGGUAUGAACCCCAUCUUUGAGAUAUCAAAACCCCUGACUGAUAAGAUAAAGGAAAUUAAGAAGGCCAUAUCUAUUCCGGUUAUAGCAAGAUGCCGAAUCGGACACUCGGGCGAUGCCAGCAUACUCGAAGCCAUCGGCGUCGAUUACAUCGAUGAAAGCGAGUUUGUCAGAGAUGACAAGACCAAAAUAUGGGUUCGGAAUCGCAUCCACCUGAACAAGCACAAGUACGUGACACCUUUCAUUUGCGGUUGUAAGAAUCUGGAAGAGGCAUUGAAGAGGAUCAGCGAAGGCGCGGCUUUGUUGAGGAUCCAACAGACAUGGGAAGAUUGCAGAGAUGCGGUGACGGGGAUCGCCGAGGAGAUAAGCAAACUGAAGGGUAUGAGCACGACUGAACUGAUGGAUUUCUCCAAAAAGAUAUCAAUACCAUACGGCAUCGUCAGGAAGACGAAGAAAUUGGGGAAGCUUCCUGUGCCACAUUUUGCUGCCGGCAACAUCAACACUCCUGCAGAAUGUGUGAUGAUGAGGAAUCUUGGGGUGGAUGGGAUUUUUCUGAAUGAUCUCCUCCAGAUUUGGAGAAUGGAGUAUUUUAAGCCCAUCAUUGAUGCUGUUAGACACCACAACGACCCCGAAGUGCUCCGCACCUACGCCUGGUGA